GGACACCAGGUUCCAGUCCUGGCCCACCUGAAAUCCCCCCAACAGAACAGGGUCAUGAAAAGAGGCCGCCCGGCGGGGCCCGCAGGCGAUGCGCGGUGCCGGUGGCCCCCGCGGCCCUCGGGGCCCCGCUAAGAUGCUGCUGCUACUGGCGCUGGCCUGUGCCAGCCCGUUCCCGGAGGAAGUACCGGGGCCGGGCGGGCCCGGCGGGGUCCCCGGCGGGGCGAGACCGCUCAACGUGGCGCUUGUGUUUUCGGGGCCCGCGUACGCGGCUGAAGCUGCACGCUUGGGGCCGGCCGUGGCAGCGGCCGUGCGCAGCCCGGGCCUGGACGUGCGGCCUGUGGCGCUGGUGCUCAACGGCUCGGACCCUCGCAGCCUCGUGCUGCAGCUCUGUGACCUGCUGUCGGGGCUGCGCGUGCACGGCGUCGUCUUCGAAGACGACUCGCGCGCGCCCGCCGUGGCGCCCAUCCUGGACUUCCUCUCGGCGCAGACCUCGCUGCCCAUCGUGGCCGUGCACGGAGGCGCCGCGCUCGUGCUCACGCCCAAGGAGAAGGGUUCCACCUUCCUGCAGCUGGGCUCCUCCACAGAGCAACAGCUUCAGGUCAUCUUUGAGGUGCUGGAAGAGUACGACUGGACGUCCUUUGUAGCAGUGACCACGCGAGCUCCUGGCCAUCGCGCCUUCCUGUCCUACAUAGAGGUGCUGACUGAUGGCAGCAUGGUGGGCUGGGAGCACCGUGGAGCCCUGACGCUGGACCCUGGGGCUGGAGAGGCCGUGCUGAGUGCCCAGCUCCGCAGUGUUAGUGCACAGAUCCGCCUGCUCUUCUGUGCCCGAGAGGAGGCUGAGCCUGUGUUCCGGGCAGCAGAGGAGGCUGGCCUCACCGGGUCUGGCUACGUCUGGUUUAUGGUGGGGCCCCAGCUGGCUGGAGGUGGGGGCUCUGGGGUCCCUGGUGAGCCCCUCCUUCUGCCAGGAGGCGCUCCCCUGCCAGCAGGGCUGUUUGCAGUGCGCUCAGCUGGCUGGAGGGAUGACUUGGCUCGGCGUGUGGCAGCUGGUGUGGCUGUAGUGGCCAGAGGUGCUCAGGCCCUGCUGCGUGACUAUGGUUUCCUUCCUGAGCUUGGCCAUGACUGUCGUGCCCAGAACCGCACCCAUCGUGGGGAAAGUCUGCAUAGGUACUUCAUGAACAUUACCUGGGAUAACCGGGAUUACUCCUUCAAUGAGGAUGGCUUCCUGGUGAAUCCCUCCCUGGUGGUCAUCUCCCUUACCAGAGACAGGACAUGGGAGGUGGUGGGCAGCUGGGAGCAGCAGACUCUCCGCCUCAAGUACCCGCUAUGGUCCCGCUAUGGUCGCUUCCUACAGCCAGUAGAUGACACGCAGCACCUCACAGUGGCCACACUCGAGGAGAGGCCCUUUGUCAUUGUGGAGCCGGCAGACCCCAUCAGCGGCACUUGCAUCCGAGACUCCGUCCCCUGCCGGAGCCAGCUCAACCGGACCCACAGCCCUCCCCCAGACGCUCCCCGCCCGGAGAAGCGGUGCUGCAAGGGCUUCUGUAUCGACAUUCUGAAGCGGCUGGCGCACACUAUUGGCUUCAGCUACGAUCUCUACCUGGUCACCAACGGCAAGCACGGGAAAAAGAUCGACGGCGUCUGGAACGGCAUGAUUGGAGAGGUGUUCUACCAGCGCGCAGACAUGGCCAUUGGCUCUCUCACUAUCAACGAGGAGAGGUCCGAGAUCGUGGAUUUCUCUGUCCCCUUUGUGGAAACGGGCAUCAGCGUCAUGGUGGCACGCAGCAAUGGCACUGUGUCCCCCUCGGCUUUCCUGGAGCCCUACAGCCCCGCCGUGUGGGUGAUGAUGUUCGUCAUGUGCCUCACCGUAGUCGCCGUCACCGUUUUCAUCUUUGAAUACCUCAGUCCGGUCGGCUACAACCGCAGCCUGGCCACGGGCAAGCGCCCUGGCGGCUCAACCUUCACCAUCGGGAAAUCCAUCUGGCUGCUCUGGGCCCUGGUGUUCAAUAACUCGGUACCUGUGGAGAACCCCCGGGGAACUACCAGCAAAAUCAUGGUGCUGGUGUGGGCCUUCUUCGCUGUCAUCUUCCUCGCUAGCUACACAGCCAAUCUGGCCGCCUUCAUGAUCCAGGAGGAGUACGUGGACACGGUGUCUGGGCUCAGUGACCGCAAGUUCCAGCGGCCCCAGGAGCAGUACCCGCCCCUGAAGUUUGGAACUGUGCCCAAUGGGUCCACGGAGAAAAACAUUCGCAGCAACUAUCCCGACAUGCACAGCUACAUGGUGCGCUACAACCAGCCCCGCGUAGAGGAAGCACUCACUCAGCUCAAGGCAGGGAAGCUGGAUGCCUUCAUCUAUGACGCAGCCGUGCUCAACUACAUGGCCCGCAAAGAUGAGGGCUGCAAGCUGGUUACCAUCGGCUCCGGCAAGGUCUUUGCCACGACAGGCUAUGGCAUCGCCCUGCACAAGGGCUCCCGCUGGAAGCGGCCCAUCGACCUGGCGCUGCUGCAGUUCCUGGGGGAUGAUGAGAUCGAGAUGCUGGAGCGCCUGUGGCUCUCUGGGAUCUGCCACAAUGACAAAAUCGAGGUGAUGAGCAGCAAGCUGGACAUCGACAACAUGGCAGGUGUCUUUUACAUGCUCUUGGUGGCCAUGGGCCUCUCCCUGCUGGUCUUCGCCUGGGAGCACCUGGUGUACUGGCGCCUGCGGCACUGCCUGGGGCCCACCCAUCGCAUGGACUUCCUGCUGGCCUUCUCUCGGGGCAUGUACAGCUGCUGCAGCGCCGAGGCCGCCCCACCGCCAGCCAAGCCCCCUCCUCCACCGCAGCCUCUACCCAGCCCCGCGUACCCCACCGCGCGGCCGGCGCCUGGCCCUGCGCCCUUCGUGCCCCGCGAGCGCGCAGCAGUGGACCGCUGGCGCCGCACCAAGGGCGCAGGGCCGCCGGGGGGCGCCGGCCUGGCCGACGGCUUCCACCGCUAUUACGGCCCAAUCGAGCCACAGGGCCUGGGCCUGGGCCUCGGCGAGGCGCGCGCGGCACCGCGGGGCGCAGCAGGGCGCCCCUUGUCCCCUCCUGCUGCGCAACCUCCGCAGAAGCCGCCACCCUCCUACUUCGCCAUCGUGCGGGACAAGGAACCGGCCGAGCCCCCAGCCGGUGCCUUCCCCGGCUUCCCAUCGCCGCCCGCGCCCCCAGCCGCCGCAGCCACCGCCGUCGGGCCGUCUCUCUGCCGCUUGGCCUUCGAGGACGAGAGCCCGCCAGCGCCUGCUCGCUGGCCGCGCUCAGACCCCGAGAGCCAGCCCCUGCUGGGGCCCGGCGCAGGCGGCGCGGGCGGUGCAGGUGCCUCGGGUGGCGGAGCCCCGGCAGCGCCACCCCCGUGCCGCGCAGCGCCGCCCCCCUGUCCUUACCUUGACCUGGAGCCGUCGCCGUCGGACUCGGAAGACUCGGAGAGCCUGGGCGGCGCGUCGCUGGGCGGCCUGGAGCCCUGGUGGUUCGCCGACUUUCCUUACCCAUAUGCCGAGCGCCUCGGGCCGCCGCCUGGCCGCUACUGGUCAGUAGACAAGCUCGGGGGCUGGCGCGCCGGUAGCUGGGACUACCUGCCCCCGCGCAGCGGUCCAGCAGCCUGGCACUGCCGUCAUUGCGCCAGCUUGGAGCUCCUGCCACCACCGCGACACCUCAGCUGCUCUCACGAUGGCCUGGACGGCGGCUGGUGGGCGCCGCCGCCCCCGCCCUGGGCCGCUGGGCCUCCGCCUCGACGCCGAGCCCGCUGCGGGUGCCCGCGGCCGCACCCUCACCGCCCGCGGGCUUCGCACCGCGCGCCCGCCGCUGCACCGCACCACCACCGCCACCGGCGUGCCGCGGGGGGCUGGGACCUCCCGCCGCCUGCGCCCACGUCGCGUUCGCUGGAGGACCUCAGCUCGUGUCCCCGCGCCGCCCCUGCGCGCAGGCUCACUGGGCCUUCCCGCCACGCUCGCAGGUGCCCACACGCCGCUCACUGGGGGCCACCACUGCCCGCCGCGCCCCACCGGAGACACCGGGGUGGGGACCUGGGCACCCGCAGGGGCUCGGCACACUUCUCCAGCCUCGAGUCCGAGGUAUGACGUGGCCCCGGGGGCCCCACCGCCCCCUUGGUCAGCGCAGGCCACAGCCCGAGGGGGCAGGCAGAAGGGACAGGACCCAUGUGGGUUGGGAAGGAAAACAAUGGAACUUGGCUGGACACGCCUGGAGCAGCGUCCUGCGCCCCCCUUGUUAUGGGGAAACCGUGAGGUGGAGAGGAUUUGGUCCCUCAAGUCUCAUCCAGCCUGAGAGCGAGGGGACAGGGGUUUCAGAGCCCACUGAACCUUUUUAUAAACCCGAUAAGGGCUUUUUAACGUCACCAGAUGGGGCGGGAGGUUGGGGGGGUCACACCACACUCGCGCCCCACCCUAUGCCCCGGGCCGUGGCCCCUACAUCACUGUGCAGCUCCCCGGCCCUAGCCACGCCUCCGGGGAGGCCCGUUUUUAACCUUUCAUCCAUUGGGACUCGAAACUGUGAGACGCGUUUGCCAAACUGUGACCCCAGACCUUGGCCCCGCCACACAGAAACCCCUGACCCCAGACUGUGAUUUCCAACUCCUAAAAUGGUCAUCCGACCCCAGACUGUGACCCCAGACCCCAAACUGUGACCCAAACCCCAGACUGCCCCAACCAGACUGUGACCCUUGACAUCAAACCGUGACACACCCCUCCUUUCCACCUGUGCAGCUUUUCCCUAUUUUGACCUAGGACAUGUCCCCAACUGAAGCCUUGCCUUCCCUAAUGAUCCCAACCUCCCUCAAGCCAAAACUACCCAUCCCGCCUCACCUUCCUACCCACCCAGGUGCCAUUAGCCACAACUUCUCCAAAUCCAGCCCCUACUGGUGACCCUUUGGUCAUGACCCAGCAGACCCUCUAAAGCCUCCUCUUCCCAGAUCUCCAGCCAGGUCUGGGGCUGGGUUGUGGAAUGGAGGGUCUGGGAGUUCACACUUCACCAACCUCCCUUCCCACUCUCCUCUUCCAUAUUGCAGUGUUUGGAAUAAAACAUGUUUUUAUGCCUCCUCA